AACCAUCAAAUUGAAUCUCUGUGCAAAUAUUAGGUUUCGUGAAUCGAAUAUUAAUUAAAAAUCGAUUAUGUGACUAAAUGAAACUGUGCCGUGGAGACAUAUUAGUGAUGUUCAUGUUAGAUAACAAGUAGAAGAAUAUGAAAGUGUUUGUAUGUCGAACAAUAAUGAUAAUAUAGUUUUGUGCAGUUAAUUUAUUUAAAAUGGUAGCUAAGUCACCUAGAAAAUCUAGCAACGUCAGUGAUACAGAGUCAUAUCAGGAUAAAAAUGAUCAAUUACGUCGUCGCAGAGAGCAACAGCAGCAGCAGGAGCAAGAGCAACAGCUACUGCGCGCCUCUCUCAGAGGUUCUGCGAAGCUCCGGGCGCUGCAGCAGCAAACACCUCAACAAGUUUCUGCGCAGAAGCAGCAGGCCCUGAAAGGAACCCUCAAUGAAGCAUACGAACCUCAUGAGGAUGAGAUUCUGGAUGAUAGCGAUAAAGAGGUUGGCGACGAAGAUGUUAAAGCUCCUGGGAUUACGACAUACGCCGAGCUGACGGCAGCAUUAUCACGCCUGCAGCAGGCUCUGAGGGCUCACUCUGCGUUGAGUGCGCGUUGCGCUCGGGCGACGCAAGCGCUGCAAUCGCAACGAGUUGCAAGGGCGUUGCGCACCAGGAGGGAAAUAUGUGCCAGACGUCUCGUGGACAGGGCUACUUCCGACGAUGCUCAAGGGUUGGCCAGAGAGGUAGAAUAUGUUGCGAGAAUUGACAGCAUCGGUGCCACUUGCCCCAGCAGGACCUUGGGAGCAUCUGCAGGAUCUGUUAGCAUAAGUACGGCUGCAGCUGCUAGAGAAUUAUGUGAUUUGUUAGGCACUUACGAAAUGGAAGGGCUGCUGCAGGCGCACGAUGGCGUUAUUAAAGCAAUACCCAAAAGUGCUAUUUCACAUAGUCCUAAGCCUGUAACCAGGCCACAUCUUUCUGCAUCGGCCGCUAGUUCAAUUGGUCAAGUUGGUUCAACAACAGCACCAGCAUUACUAGCAGAAGAUGAUGGUGUCAGAAUUAUUCAAAUUGAAAAAACCAAUGAGCCAUUAGGCGCCACAAUCAGGAAUGAAGGUGAAUCUGUGGUUGUGGGUCGUGUAGUUAGAGGUGGUGCUGCGGAAAAAACUGGUUUAUUGAGAGAAGGAGAUGAAUUGUUAGAAGUAAAUGGUUUACCAUUAAGAGGUAAAUCUGUGAACGAUGUGUGUGCUGCUUUAGCAGGAAUGACAGGAACUCUUACACUUCUGGUUGCUCCAAGAUCUCGUCUCACUCCACCUGUGGCUACUGCUGCAGCAACUGCUCCAUCUGUCCUGCAUGUUCGUGCGCAUUUUGAUUACGAUCCAGAAGAAGAUUUAUAUAUUCCAUGCCGAGAACUUGGAAUUGGAUUCCGAAAAGGAGAUGUACUUCAUGUCAUUGGACGCGAAGAUCCUAAUUGGUGGCAGGCUUUUAGAGAAGGUGAAGAAGACCAGACUUUAGCAGGUCUGAUACCUAGUCAAGCAUUCCAACAUCAGAGGGAAUCUAUGAGGCAAUCACUAGCAUUGGCUGCUGCUGCAGCAGCUUCUGGAGAUAGCACAAAGGCAGGAUCAAGGCGUGUAGCAGGAACUUUACUCUGCUCCAGAGCCAAACAGCCAAAACGCAGAAAUGGAGGCAGUGAAUCUGGUUACCCACUAUAUUCUUCAAAUAGUGGCGAUGAACCAGAACCUAUUGAUCAAAUUCUAACAUAUGAAGAAGUGGCUCUGCAUUACCCAAGAGCAGAUAGACGUAGACCAGUUGUGUUAAUAGGACCACCAAAUAUUGGAAGGCACGAACUCAGGCAGCGAUUAAUGGCAGAUCCAGCUGGUAGAUUUGCAGCCGCUGUACCACACACAUCUAGACCUAGAAGUGAGGGAGAAGUUGCUGGCCAAGAUUAUCAUUUUAUAUCACGUGCUCAAUUUGAAGCUGAUAUCUUAGCUAGAAGAUUUGUUGAACAUGGAGAAUAUGAAAAGGCAUAUUAUGGUACAUCUCUUGAUGCUAUUAGAUCCGUAGUAGCAUCAGGAAAGAUUUGUGUUUUGAAUUUACAUCCGCAAUCUUUGAGAUUGCUGAGAGCUUCAGAUUUAAAACCAUACACUGUUUUGGUAGCUCCUCCUAGUUUAGAAAAACUAAGACAGAAGCGAUUAAGAACUGGUGAACCUUAUAAAGAAGAAGAACUAAAAGAUAUCAUUGCAACUGCAAGAGAAAUGGAAGCUCGUUGGGGCCAUCUGUUUGAUAUGAUAAUCAUAAAUAAUGAUACAGAACGAGCUUAUCAGCAAUUAUUGGCAGAAAUUAAUAGUCUAGAAAGGGAACCUCAAUGGGUUCCUGCAGCUUGGCUACAUUAAUAAAAACAAGAUUCAAGAUUUAACUUUACACUUGGAUUUUGAGGAGGUAAGAGAGAAAUAUGUAAUAUGUACAUACAUAUAAGUUUAUGAGGUCGUACAGAGAGGUUGAUAGUCAUGUAGUUAUUUAGAGUGAGAGUAGUGACAAGCUGGAUUGUUGUAUCUGUAUAUAAUAAAUUUGUAUUGAAAUUUUUGCAGUAUUAAAUCUGUGCUAAAAGUAUGAGUGAAUUAAUAAAAUAAGAUUUUAAAAAUUUAUAUAGUAUCAACACGAAUAUCAAAAAAAAGUUUUUAUAGGUGUUCUAUUAUACGAAGCACUCGAAAACAUUAAAUCUUUAUAAAUGAAUGUUGAUCCUGUAGAUUACAUUGGAGAGUAGACUUUGGAAGUAUUUUAUGCUCAACAAU